UUAGUAUUCAUAAAAGAAUUUAUACAUGAUCUGCCAGCGAUUUGCUCAUUUUCUUUCACGGCUCAUCAACCCCUCAAAUCGAACUAAAAUUUAUUGGUAUCACCUUCAUGUUCCAACUCGGUCAAAACGACCUCCAAUAGAAUUCCUUGAAGACGCAUAUAAUUGGCUGCCCACGUUCGUUUUGAUGUUAUCGUACAACAAUUAAUUUUUGAGAAAAUCGAAAGUAAAAUCAAUUGAUCGUUCAUUUGGAGUGAACCUCGGCACAUUACUGGCUUUUUCCCUACCGUCGGCUUACAUCCUUCCCCUAUACCGCCAGGUCAAUAUUCUAUUAAAUUUUUCGCCGAAGUCCCCACCUCAAUCCAUCGAUUGUACGAAAGCAUUCCCAAAUUACGGUGUCACAUCGUCCCCCAAGGAAACCGAAGCUUCUUUUUCUUGAUGAUAGACAAGUGUUCCUAGAGUAUAAAUUAGUGUAAACCACCAGCUUGCGAUAAUGUCAGUCCUCGAAGAACAUCCCCUCCGAUUCCCCCCUUCCCUCAUGCCACAUCAUCCGUCCCGGGGGUGCCCACAUUUCACUGGUAAAAGAGUUAGCGACAUCGCCGAGAGCUCGACUGCAAAUCGGAAGGACAGAGACGCAAAGAAAAUUAUCGGGAAAUCUCUCGAAUUUUCAUAAUGUCCUUCUUCUCACUGAACAUCCUCUUCUUUCAAGUCCUGGGUCUCUGGUUCCCCGAGGACACUUCACCACUCUGGCAAAUUAUUUUGUACAGAAUUUACAAUGCAAUCGCAGUGACAUCCAUAUGCACAUUUGCCCUGUCCCAAUUUUUUGCUGUACUCACGUGCUUUCAUGACCCUAAGGAGCUAACCAACGCCUCAUUCUUGUUGGUAACAGUGAUCGCAGUGGGUGGAAAAAUGUUCAACAUGACACUUUGUCGAAAUGAAAUCGGCAGAAUGAUCAAGCUCUUCGAUGUUGAGCCAUUCAAAGCAGUUGAUGAUUAUGAAGUGGCGAUUCAAUGGCAAUUUCAUCGCACAGUCAAGCUCUACACAUCCGUCUACGGAAUACUGACAACUGUAACGUGCACAUUAAUAACACUGCUUUCUCUGGUGAGGGAUAUGCCACGUCGUCAGUUGCUCCUCAGAGCCGAAUACCCCUUUGACGAUUCAGUGUCAACUGGCUACUGGGUUUCCUACAUACAUCAGCUUUACAGCCACUACUUGGGAGCUAUUUUCAACGUUACUUUUGACACCUUCGUGGCUGCACUGAUGCUAGCCACAUCAGCACAACUAGAUAUUCUUAAGUAUCGAUUUGUCGUGAUGCCAAGUGCAAUGGAGAAGGAAUGCUCGGAGUCCAAUCACAAAGUAAAUAAUGAAGAAGUCGUGGAGAUGGAGUCUAAAUAUCUGGCUAAUCAGACGAAUCAUCAUCUCGCUAUUUUUCAAUUCUCGAAAUGGACGAAUGACACAUUUACUGUUUCAAUUUUCCUCCAAUACUGCGCCAGCUCCCUUGUCUUCUGCAUCAGUGUCUUCACCUUGACGAACUUGGCACCCUUCAGCAAAGAGUUCAACUCUCUUUUGCUGUACGUCGGCUGCAUGCUAGUGCAGAUAUUCAUUCUCUGUCAUGCAGCUAAUGAUGUUACGAUCAGGAGCGAAAAUAUGGCUGAUGGUGUCUACAAAAUGGACUGGACGUCCCUAUCUGUCAGCAGCAAGAGGAGCCUUGUGAUUAUCAUGGCGCGUACCCUGAGCCCGAUAAAGUACACGAGUGGACACGUGGUCAGUCUGUCUCUCAUUUCAUUCAGCAGUCUCUUGAAGCUCUCCUACUCGAUCUUCAAUAUCCUGAAGCAAGCGUCCGAAUGAGAUUCAUCAAUCCAAGAAAGUACAAAGUAAUCUCACGGCUAUUGUCAUCAAUUGCAAACUGCUCGUUGAUGAGGACUGAAGAAGAUAAUAAAUGUUUGUGGAUAAGAAGAUGUGACUUAUUCGGACUUAUCCCCUUAGAUUAUUUCAAGUACUUUUUGCCGAUUUUUUUCUGCACGAAAUUUUUUUUUACUCCUGAUAGAUCGAUCAGUGGUUACUCGGGGAUGAUUCAAUAAGAGGACGAUUUACUUACUCCAUCG